AUGCUACCACCGCCAACCGGCGCAUCUUCUAAUCGCCCACGCCGUCGUCCUGACCUAACCCUACCCUUGCCCCAGCGUCAACCCCAAAUUGCCGUCCCUCUCCCUCUCCCACCCUCUUCAGCCCCUAGUUCCACCACCUCGCAACUCAUCUCCAACUCUAAACAGCAGCCCUUCAACAUUUCCGAACUCGACCGUAUGAACAGAAUCGGCAGCGGUAGCGGUGGAACCGUCUAUAAAGUCCUCCACCGCCCUACCGGCCGCCUAUUCGCACUGAAAGUAAUCUACGGAAACCACGAAGACGACGUGCGCCGCCAGAUCUGUCGCGAAAUCGAGAUCUUGCGUGACGUCGAUAACCUCAAUAUCGUCAAGUGUCAUGACAUGUUCGAUCACGGCGGUGAGAUCCAAGUGCUUCUUGAAUACUUGGACGGCGGAUCCCUUGAAGGAACUCACAUCUCCAAUGAAGCCUCUUUAGCCGAUCUCACCCGUCAAGUUCUCUCAGGCAUAUACUACCUCCACCGCCGGAAGAUUGUCCAUCGUGAUAUUAAACCCUCAAAUCUUUUAAUUAAUUCGAAAAAGCAAGUAAAGAUUGCCGAUUUCGGGGUUUCAAGAAUCUUGGCGCAAACGAUGGAUCCUUGCAAUUCGUCUGUAGGUACUAUCGCCUACAUGAGUCCGGAAAGAAUAAACACAGACCUGAAUCACGGCAAAUACGACGGGUACGCCGGAGAUAUUUGGAGCUUAGGUGUAAGCAUUUUGGAAUUUUAUUUGGGCCGUUUUCCUUUCGCCGUAGGGAGACAAGGUGAUUGGGCUAGUCUUAUGUGUGCAAUUUGUAUGGCACAACCACCAGAAGCACCAGCGACGGCGUCUCGUGAAUUUCGAGAUUUUGUGUCAUGCUGUUUGCAAAGAGAUCCAGCGAAGAGGUGGACGGCGGCGCAGUUAUUGCGCCACCCAUUCGUCAGCGGCGGCUCACCAGGAAAUGGGAACCAUACCAGUAAUAAGCAGGUGCAUCCCACCCAUCAACUACUUCCUCCACCUCCUCUUCGUCCACAUUUUUCUUCAUCGUCUUGA